GAAGCCGCAGCAGCUAUGUAAACAAAGUCCUGUCCUUACCUCAUCUCUAUGUUCCCUGCAUCAGUAUCACAGACCUAUGUGUCUGUACGGAUUUUGAGAUUGUUUAUUAUUAUUAUUUCUCUAUAAAAUCUUCCUGUACUUGGCCAAAAAAGCUAGGUUAGCUUAGCAUGUUUUGUGUGGAAGCAGAUGUGAGACUAUGAUGGAGAGCAGAAGGGCUGUGAAGGAUGUUGUGGAGACAAAUGCUGCAGGGAUUGAGUGAAAAUGUCUGAGGUUGAAAAGCUGAGAGAGUCUGAGAAGAAACAACAAGCUGCGGUGGAAGAAGGAGACAGUCCAACUGGACAACAUCUGUCCUGCCGUCCUGAAGACGUCCAGCAUCUGUUGGUGAUCAAAGAGGAGCUUCCUGCUGAGGAGCAGAACUGGAGUCCCAGACCGGACCAGGAGGACCAGAAUCCCCCACAGAUUAAAGAGGAACUGGAGGAAGCUGAGAUUAUAGAGUUCAUAUUCAGUCCGGUCCCCGUGAAGGGUGAAAAUGAUGACGAUGAAUCUGAUCGCUCAGAACUUCAGCAAUGCCAAACUGAGGAGAGCAGAGACUUUCCAGGACCAGAUUUAGACGAAUGUUUAGAAUCAGACAGUGAAGGAAAGACGGCACAGUCUUCAGAGACGGAUGUCAAUGAUGGAAACUGGGAGCAGAAUCGAGAUGCUCCGUCAGGUUUAGACUUUUUAAAAAGUUCUGAUGUUCUUGUAGUUGAUUUAAAAUGCGACACAGAAGCAAAGUUACACAGCUGCAACAAAUGCGGUAAAACAUUUGAUUUUAAGUCGCGGCUGACAAAACACAGCAAAAUCCACUCUGGAGAAAAACCCUUCAGUUGCUCUGUCUGUGAGGCAGUUUUCACAUGGAAACACUCCUUCAUCCAACACAUGAGAAUCCACACAGGCGAGAAACCGUUCAGCUGCUCCAUCUGCGCUCAGAGCUUCAGCAGAAGGGAAGGUUUGACCCGUCACAUGAGAUCCCACACUGGCGGGAAGCCUCACAUCUGCUCCGUCUGUAGUGAAGCUUUUGCCUGGAAACAGGAUUUGGUGGAACACUCAAAAAUCCACGCAACAGGAAAGACUUUCAGAUGUUAUGUUUGUAAGGCUGGUUUUAAAAUGAAACAGUGUUUGCUGGAUCACAAAAGAACCCACAGAGAGGAAAAAUCCUUCAGCUGCUCAGUAUGUGAGGCUGCUUUUGGAGAAAAACACAAUUUGGUACAACACAUGAGAAUCCACACGGGGGAGAAGCCGUUCAGCUGCUCCGUUUGCCAAGCGUCUUUUACGCGCAAACACUCCUUCAUGCAACACAUGAGAAUCCACACAGGAGAGAAACCUUUCAGCUGCUCCUUCUGUGGUCAGCUUUUCAGCAGGAGGAAAAGUGUGAAUCGCCACAUGAGAUGCCACACUGCGGCAAAACCUUACAGCUGCCCCGUCUGCAACAGAGGUUUUACAAGACAAGAUGGUUUGGCUGAACAUGUGAAAACCCACAUAGCAGGAAAAAACUUCAGCUGCUCAGUUUGCAAGGCGGAUUUUAAAACCAAACACAACUUAGUGCAACACAGCAGAACCCACACGGGAGAAAAACCUUUCAGCUGCACCGUCUGCGGUCAGAGAUUCAGACGGAGAGAAGGCGUGACUCGGCACAUGAAACGCCACAGUGGAGAAGAAGACAUUAAGCUUGAAGGGACGGUUUCCCAAACAGUUCCAGAGGAGGUCUGAACGUAGAACGUAGAGCUCUAUUUAGUUUACUAAUAUUAUAUUUGUUGCAUGGGCAUAAAUAUAGUAAUUCUGGGCUUUUAAUUAUAUUUUUGACAUUUACCACGAACAACUUCAAUUUAUUUUAAAAAACAAGAGUUUGGUGCAUAUUUGUUGUAGAUUUUCUCCAAUCCACACUGGGUCAAAAUAAUACAUACAGGCUUGAAGAUAAUGUCAUAUUCAAUAAAUUAGAGGAUGCGUUCUUGCUCGGAUGAAAAUGACCUUUAAGCAGGUAUGAAACAUACUUUUCAUUAAGCACACGUUUCCAUAUUAAAACAGUUUUUUUAUUGGUCCGAUGUAAUAUUCUAAUCUUAAAUGUCCUGUUUUCAUCAACUGUAAGCAGAAAUUCAUAAUUAACAGUAAUUAGGGCUUUAAAACAGGUUUGUGUGUAAUUAAUCUAUAUAAUGUGUUUCACUUAGUGAACCGAGUUACUGAAAUAAAUUAACUUUUCAAUAAUAUUCUCAUUUACUGAAUAUGAUUGUAUCUAGACACCCCCGUUCAUUUUUGUUGAACCUUACCACUGGCGGGAUAUUUUACCACUUUUUCUCGGCAGAAUUUGUAGAGCUUGUUGAAAUGAGUUGCUUGUUUUUUUUUUUUUCCACUUUUUGAGAUCUUUUGGCCUGCUUCAGGUGGCAAGAAAGGAACUGUUUUAUCCAUGCUUUGAUUCUACAGGUGUGGCAGUUAGCAGACUUGAGUGCGGCUUGUGAAACUGAAACAAAAACUGUGGUUAAAAACACUUACAGUUAAUUCUUGAUUUAAGUAGGAGGGCAGGUUGUUUUAUGAAGUGGUUUUCCUGUAAUAGAUUAAAUCAUUUGUAAACUACCUUUUAAAAAUUGCUUCAUGAUCUAAAACAUUUGACUUUGAUAAAAAAGCAGAAAUCGCCCCUAACAGGGGCCAAGAUGUGGACUGUAAUUUUCACUCAGUGUGGAUUGGAGAAAGCACACAUUAAAUCAGGGGUGUCCAGAGUGCGGUCGGGGGCCAUUUGUGGCCUUUGGAAUAAUUUGUGCGGCCCCUGACCGGAGUUUAGAAUGAUAAAAAUGUGUCCUGCCUCCACAGGUGGUCGAUGCCGAUGGACACUUUUUUAAAUGUUUAGGACGAGACUUUUACCAACAAAUUAAAAUCUUCUUGAAAUGUAAAAUUUUAGGUACAACACAAAGUAUUUUUUUUCGUUGCCACGCUGUUUGCUUUCACUUUAAUUUAACAGUAAAUCAGACCACAAACGUGGGCGCAUCUAUCCAGUAAACCUGGCAAAAUACAGCAAGUGUAUUUGAAGACAGAGUGACCCAUAUCUAGUUCUUGUUGGUCAGUCAUAAGAUUUUCAACCCAAAAACUUUAAACAAUAUGCCUUUCUUUUAAUAAUAAAAUAGUGCAUGUCUAUUGAAUGUUAAACCAACGAUUUCUAAGAAAUAAAACUUCUGAUUUUUGUGCCCCUUGAGUACUUUCAACUUGAAAAUCGUGGCCCACAUGGCAAAAAGUUUGGACACCUCUGCAUUAAGUUUCGACUUGUGCGCCUAAAUGUUGUUUUUAAAAAUCAACGAAGUUGUUUGUCGUUUUUCCACCCCUGGAAAAAAGUUUAGAAGAAAUCAUAAAAAGCUCAGAAUUAAAAGGAUUUGUGGCCAUGAUGAGUGAAUAUAAACGUCUAACUGCAGUCGGACUCUAAAGUGAAGUAGCUGAACGGAUGCUGACAUUUUAUAGUCUGUUAAAAACCUAAAAUUAGACAGACCGUGGAGUGAAGUGGAUUUGAGGAAACCAGUGCAAUCAAAAUGUUCAAUCCUUAAGACAAUGCUGCAUUCAAAGACAACCUGCCCUAAUUUGCUGUGGAUUUCUAUUAAAACUUAAAUGAUUAAUAAUAACCUAUUUUAUUGCAAUAUUGAAAUAUCUGGAAUAAUUGUAAUUGUAGAAAUGAAUUAUCAUCUCCAAAUCCUUUAUCUGCUUACUUUUAUUAACGUUUUAUUCCAGAUAGCAUUACUGUAUUUAUUGUAAGCGGGUAUAAAAAUAAACUUGCAAAUAUUCCUGCA